AUGACCAACUUUGAGGCAGAUUUCAUGUCAGUAAUGUCAGAAGUGGAAACACAGACAUUAGGGAACCACCUGCUGGCUAGUCAGUCACUACAAGAGGAGAUAACUCCUGUAUAUGAUAACCAGGCCGAGAAAGCAUCGCCCCAGGGUUAUGAUGUUUACCAUGAUUCUAACUUGUCAGAGGUCAUUAACUGUGUCCCUAUACUACAAAGACUGAUGGUCAGAGUGAGAGAACUUCAAGAGGAGUGGCCUGACCAUCCAAUAUUAAUACAGGUGACACAGAUUGUAUUGUUAUACUGUUUUGAUACUGUCCAUCUGUUAUACAGGUGA